CAAACCCGUGCUUCAUCUUGUCCUUCCAACCUUUCACUUUACCCCGAAUCAUCUUACUUUUAGCCCUUUGUUUCUCCUUCUAAUUCGCACAACAUGGAUAAGAUCGUCGCGCAAUACUCGCGCCCAUCCCAUCAGAAUGAGUUCUACUCGGAGCAAGAGCAACAGGACCUCACGGAGAGCCUUCCUCCGUUGUCCCUGAAGUUUGCCCUUCCUCCCGUCGCCAAUCCCUCCGCUUUCCUCCGUGCCAUGACCGAUGACCACUCCAACCCCAGCUGCCCGAUCAAGCUUGCUCACGGAACAACAACCCUGGCUUUCCGGUUCCAGGGCGGCAUCAUUGUGUGUACCGAUUCACGAGCAACAGCAGGAAACUGGAUUGCUAGCCAGACAGUGAAGAAGGUUAUCCCCGUGUCGCGGUUGAGCCGUGGCGAGGAUAAGCCCACGAAUGAACCUACCCCGGGUCUUCUGGGAACGAUGGCUGGUGGUGCUGCUGAUUGUCAAUAUUGGUUGCGGUAUUUGAGUCAGCAGUGCACUCUGCAUGAGAUCCGACACAAGCGCCGAAUUACCGUCGCAGCAGCCUCCAAGAUCCUCGCCAACUUGACCUACUCGUACAAGGGCUACGGUCUCAGCAUGGGAACUAUGCUUGCAGGAGUUACCCCCCAAGAAGGCCCCGCCCUGUACUACAUCGAUUCAGACGGCACCCGCCUGCCCGGCAACCUGUUCUGUGUCGGUUCCGGUCAGACAUUCGCCUACGGUGUGCUGGACGCCAACUACCGAUACGAUUUGAGUGAGGAGGAAGCGCUGGCCCUGGGCCGACGUGCCAUUCUGGCUGCCAUGCACCGUGACGCAUACUCUGGUGGUUUCAUCAACCUGUAUCACGUCAAGGAAGAGGGCUGGGUGCACCACGGCUUUGAUGAUAUGAACCCUAUUUUCUGGAAGACGAAGCUGGAGAGCGGCGAGUUCUCGAAUGUUACGUCGGAGUUGUAGAGGGGCUUCGGUUGAUAUGUAUUAUUGAUCUUGAUGCUAGGGAUUAAACAUGGACUAUUUCGAUAAUGUUUUGCGAGGUCCUUGUAAAUCCGGUCGGUCUAGGGUAUUCAGGCAGGAUGAUUCAAAUUCGAUCCUACGCGACGGCCAUAUGUAUUUUCCCGGAUACAACCCGGGGCACUGGAACUCGAUAUCCACUGCUUAUCCCCAUUGUAAACACUGGCGUUAGACUGCCGCUCUUAA